AUGCAUGCAAUGUGGGUGUCAUUGAAGGAGAACGUCAAGUGUGGAACCAAGCUUUCAGAUGUUGUUGGCCUGCGAGAAAGAUGUGACAGAAGUAGGAACUUCAGGAAAGCGAGUUUGGAUGGUGAACUUGUACUUCCUCAUGGGAAAGAAACCCCAUUCCAGGAACUGAUGUACCGUUCAAGCUACACACAGGCACAGCUCUUUGGGCUAAGCAGUGGAGACCCUUCAAGGAAUAUCAUUGAGAUGAUAGUGCGUAAAGCAUCAAUGAAUCCUUCGAAGCCAUCAGGCAAGAUCAAAGCUGUCUUGAGGGUGAAGAACUCCAUAGAAACACUUGAAAGGUUUGAGAAGUACAGAGAGAAGGUAAAGAAGGUGGCCAAAGAUAGAUGCAUGAGGCACCCAAGAAGUACAGUAGAUGGAAAUGAGCUUAUGAGAUUCUAUUGCACAACAGUGGCCUGUUGCAAUGGAGAGUCAAGGAGAAUCUCUGAGCUUUGUAAUGGUCCAACAUGUCGAGUUUGCAGGUUAAUUAACUCAAACUUUGGCACGGAAUAUGUAUUGGAGAAUGGUAUUCAACUGAGUACAAGUAGCGAAAACACCAUUGCCGUUACAAGGGCAAGCAAGGCAAAGAGGGCACUAAUAGUUUGCAGGACAAUUGCAGGGAGCAUUGUUAAUGUGGAUGACCAGGAAUAUGACGAGUCUGAUUCAAUUGGAAACCGAAAUUUGCAUUCUACCACCACAGAAUAUCUACUAGUGCAGAAUCCCAGUGCUGUACUUCCCUGUUUUGUUAUAGUUUUUAACUGA